AUGCGCGUGCUUCUUUGUUGCUCUCCCGGUGGCGGUGGGCAUGCAGGUCGCAUCGCCACGGGCGAGCUCGUGACGGCGCUGCGCUCCCUGGGCCAGAACGUGGACGAGGCAGAGGCGCGGCGCUUCCUGGAGGACGCGGGCGCGGGCGCCGGCGCCACCAUCGACCUCGCGGCGUUCCUGGCCGUGGCGGCGCGCAAGAUGGGCGCCAGGCAGUCGGAGGAGCGCCUCGCCGAGUGCUUCGACGUGUUCGACGACGCCCGCAGCGGGUCCAUCCCCGCGGAGCAGCUGCGGCAGGUGAUGGUGAGCCACGGCGACCGGCUCACGGAGGAUGAGGCCGACGCGAUGCUCCGCGAGGCCGACCCGACCGCCGAGGGCCGCGUCGAGUACAAGCACUACGUCAAGGUGCUGCUCAGGGACAAGUAG